AUGGAUGAUCCACGCGAAUUUCUGGUAGCUGAUCCGUACAACAAUGUUACAUCUGAUGAAGACGAUGAGCAGACAAUUGCUAAGGAACUUGAAUUCAUGGAACGAAAGAAGCAAGCGUUAGUGGAACGAUUAAAGAGGAAGCAAGAAUUCAAAAGAGCGGAAGAUCCCAAUUUUGAAGCCAUCGAAGUACCUCAAUCGCCCGCCAAGAACCGCAAUAUAAUGAAAUCUCAAAAUACCAUGAAACGAGAUAUGAGGCCUGCUGCUUCAAAUAUCAACGACUUGAAGUUAUCUCAACUACAGCAAAAACAGGAACUACCAAGCAAUACAACCGGAUACUUCAUGCAAAAAUUUCAGAACGCAAAGAGGAAUGAGGAAAAGCAAAGGGCAAAAUAUGAAAACAUGAUGAACGCAAGGGUCCAUACGUUCGGUACUGAUAAAAAAGAAUAUAGGGCAACAAUCGCAAAUGAACUAGAAGAAUUUUCGAAUAUCUGGGUCAAGAAGAGGUAUAUACCAGAAGAUGAUUUGAAACGGGCUUUACAUGAGAUUAAAAUCCUUCGAUUAGGCAAGCUUUUCGCAAAAAUUCGCCCACCUAAAUUUCAAGAACCCGAUUACGCCAAUUGGGCCGUAGUGGGUCUCAUUAGUCAUAAAUCGGACGUCAAAUUUACGUCAUCUGAUAAACCAGCCAAAUUUUUUAUGUUCACUAUAACGGACUUCCAGCACACACUAGAUGUUUAUAUCUUCGGGAAAAAGGCCGUUGAGAGAUAUUACAAUCUUCGCCUUGGCGACGUGAUUGCAAUUUUGAACCCUGAGGUACUACCGUGGAGACCCUCAGGACAGGGAAAUUUUAUCAAGUCUUUCAACCUCCGAAUCAGCCAUGAUUUCAAGUGUAUUUUGGAGAUAGGUUCAAGCAGGGAUUUAGGGUGGUGUCCCAUCGUGAAUAGAAAAAAGAACGAAAACUGUGGAUCUCCUAUAAACAUAGCUCUUCACAAGUGCUGUGAUUACCACAGGGAAGUUCAAUUUCGAGGGACCAGUGCCAAAAGAAUCGAAUUAAAUGGAGGGUACGCCUUGGGCGCACCCACCAAAGUAGAUGCUCAACCAACCUUAUACAGGGCUAAAGGAGAAAACAACUUCAAUCUAGUUAGAAGUAUUCGUAAAACCCUCUCUGAGGAGGAGGAGAGAAUGAAGAAGAACUCUCACAAUUUUAGAAAUAGUAAUUCUGCCAAGGCAUUUUUCGAUGAGAAAUUUCAAAAUCCAGAUAUGCUUGCAAACUUGGAUAGCAAGAGAAGAAAAAUUAUAGACAGCAAGAAAUCGACAGCUCUGAGUCGCGAACUAGGCAAAAUUAUGAGAAGGAAGGGGUCAAGUGGAUUAGAGGAUAAGUGCGACGAAGAGAAACAAAAAAUCAAGCAAACCACAGAAAGUGCUCUCCAAACGGGGCUCCUUCAACGUCUGGGAUUUGAUCCAACUCAUGGGAAGAUAUCCAAAGUGCUCAAAUCUUCAGUCCCAGGUGGAGAACCUAGGAACAAGGUCAUGGGUGGGAAGAAGACUGUGAUAGAUGAUCUUUUGAACUACAAGAAGGAAAAAGUUAUUCUAGCGCCCUCAAAAAACGAAUGGUUCAAGAAAAGAAGCCACCGCGAGGAAGUUUGGCAAAAACACUUCGGAUCCAAGGAUACUGAUGAAGUCUCGGAUGCUAGUACUAGCGAUCUCGAGAUAGUAUAA